AUGUCUCGAGCAUCCCAGGUCACGCUCGCAACUACAUGCGCGACCGCUAUUGGUGUCGUUUUAUUCGUGCAUUACGCGCAAAAAGCAGACAAAGCCGCUAUGCACGCUGGUGUGAUUCGAGACUACGAGCAGCAGAAAGUGAAGCGUGAACGACUCGCCGACUUUGAGAUGCAGCGAGCGCUGGAGGAAGAGUACAGGAAGGUUCAGACGGUCUCGGAUGGAGGUGGACCAGCUGCACAGCAAGGAGGAUCAGGACGAUAG